ACAAAAAAUAACGAGUAAAGAGUGCAAUUAGAACAAGGAAUAAACAGAGCAAAAUAAUUGCGAGAGAUUCCAAGUUAGUAGGAAGGAAAAAACAGAGGAAGAUGGAGAAAACGAAUGAAGCAUUAACCAUUGAGAAACCAAAAGAGAAACUAACACAAAUAGAGAAGUGGCUAAGGAAGCACAAAUUGCAGUACACUGCAGCCACCAAACACCCUUUUAUUAAUAGCAUACAUGAUGGUUCUAUCGACUUCUCUUCCUUCAAGAUAUGGCUGGGAAGGGAAUAUGUGUUUGUGAAAACGGCGUUGGCACCAUUUGCAGCUAGUGUAUUGCUUAAAGCUUGGAAAGAAUCGGUUGAUAGCUCAGAUGUGGAAGUCAUAUUGGCUGGGUUACCCUAUUUGAAUGACGAGAUAUCAUGGUUAAAAGAAGAAGCUCCCAUGUGGCACGUUUCCUUGACCAGUGUCGUUGUUGAUCACAAGCCCAUCCUUGAUUACUUUAGGUUUUUUGAACGUUUGACGAGCUCAGACGUGAAGUAUACAGAGGCAGUAACCAUUUUAUGGGCAGUGGAAUCAGUAUAUCACUAUGGUUUUGCGCAUUGUUUGGAAGAAGACAAUACUACUCCAGAAGAAAUGAAGGCAGCUUGUAAGAGAUGGGGUAAUGAGAGUUUCAAACAACAUUGUCAAUCCCUUGAAACCGUAGCUAAUAACAAGCUAGAACAGGCAUCAGAGGAAGAAGUUUCAAAAGCUGAAGUUUUAUUCCUCGAGUUUCUUGAGAAUGUUGUUGGUUUCUGGAGUUUGAAACUUGGGUGAAAUUUAAGUUCUUUGUUCAGUACUAGUCCAACGUUUAUGGGGUUUUCACAACAACGACAAACUCGGUAUAAAUUUACGAGUGAGGUCUGGCCAUGGUAGUGUGCAUGCAGACCUUAGACCUUAUCCCUGCCGUCGUUAUAGUCCAAUGUUUAUCGAGUUGUUGUUACUUAAUAUGUUGAUCUACUAAUUUCCCUGUAGAGCAUGUACAAAUCGUGUCAAAAAAUGAAUGUAUUUUGGUGUAUAAUUAAUGUACUAGAGCAUGAGUAUACUACUAGUGUACUGUGGUGUUGGUUAAUAGUGAGGUUGUGGCUUCCCUUUU